GACGGCCUCUUCUCUAACCCUUGUGUCAUUGUUCGCCGGAGAUGGUGAAGUUCUCCAGGGAACUAGAGGCGCAGUUGAUCCCGGAGUGGAAGGAGGCGUUCGUCAACUAUCGCCAGCUAAAAAAGCACGUCAAAAAGGUCAAGCUCUCCGCCGCCCGAUCCACCGCCGAUCCCUCAUCUGACGGUCUCCGUUGUUUGGGUUUCUCCCUUCUAAAUCCCCUCCACUUCCUCGCCACACACUUUGCCCCCUCCGAUCAUCUCUCCUCUCAGGAUGAUGAGGAAACCUUCGCCGAUACGGAACUCGUCCAAUCCAACGAACAUGAGGUGAGGGAGUUUUUCGAAAAAUUGGAAGAAGAGUUGGAGAAAGUGAACAAUUUCUAUGCGGGCAAAGAAGCGGAGUUCUGCGAGCGAGGUGAGAUGCUGAACAAGCAGCUCCAGAUCCUUCUCGGCCUCAAGGAGAUCAUCGACGACCGAUCUUCUCACCGCCGGCGAUCUUCCGUCUCCGAGAAUGAGGGGACGGUUGGUGAUGUAACGCCGGUGGCGGAGGAGAUGAUCGCGGAGCUGGAGAGGAAUGGAGUGAGUUUCACUGGGGCGGUGAGGUCGAAGACGAAGAAGGUUGGGAAACCGAGGGUGGCGUCGAUGAGGAUUGACAUUCCGGCGACGACGCCGAGCCGGACAAUAUCGGCGGUGACGUCGGUGAUCUGGGAGGAUCUGAUCAAUGGGCAAAGGAAGGAAGGGGCCGGAGGGGAUGAUCAUGUGAGCCGGAAGAAGAUCCAGUGCGCGGAGAAGAUGAUCAGAGGAGCGUUUGUGGAGCUGUACAAGGGUUUAGGGCUUCUCAAAACAUUCAGCUCUUUGAAUCUGGUGGCUUUCAGGAAGAUAUUGAAAAAGUUCGACAAGGUAUCCAAUCAACAAGCAUCAGAAAAGUACUUAAAUAUGGUGAAAAGAUCACACUUUAUAAGCUCCGACAAGGUGGUUAGAUUGGGAGACGAACUGGAGUCCAUCUUUACAAAGCACUUCACCAGCAAUGACAGGAAAAAGGCUAUGAAAUUCCUCAGGCCUCAGCAGCCCAAGGACUCCCACAUGAUCACCUUUCUCGUAGGGUUGUUCACAGGUAGUUUUGUGACUUUAUUCACCGUGUACGCUAUCUUGGCUCACUUAUCUGGCAUCUUCUCAUCCUCAACUGAAUCCGGUUAUAUGAAAACCGUCUACCCUGUUUUCAGCAUGUUUGCUCUGCUUAGCCUGCAUAUAUUUUUAUAUGGAUGCAACAUAUUCAUGUGGAGGGCCACCAGAAUAAACCACAAUUUCAUAUUUGAGUUCUCUGCAAACACAGCACUAAAGCACAGGGAUGCCUUCCUUAUCUGCACUUCCUUCAUGACCAUGGUGGUGGCUGCCAUGGUUAUCCACCUAUUGCUGAGAUCAGCCGGCAUCUUUCCACGUCACAUCGACGCCAUUCCUGGAAUUCUGUUACUGAUGUUCAUUGCAAUGCUCUUCUGCCCAUUUAACAUUUGUUACCGAUCAACUCGGUACUGCUUCUUGCGUGUCAUGCGCAACAUUGCAUGCUCUCCACUUUACAGGGUCUUGAUGGUGGAUUUCUUCAUGGCAGACCAACUAACAAGCCAAAUACCACUCCUGCGGCACAUGGAAUUUACAGCAUGUUUUUUCAUGCUUGAGAGCUUCAGGACCAACAAAUAUGAGAUUUGUACAACGAGCAACAAGUACAAGUUGUUGGCCUAUGUAAUAUCCUUCCUUCCCUACUAUUGGCGUGCAAUGCAGUGCGCCAGGAGAUACAUUGAGGAGGGAUAUGAUGUAAACCACCUAGCAAAUGCCGGGAAGUACAUCUCCGCCAUGCUCGCGGCAGCCGUGAGGUGGAAGUAUGCGGUUGAUCCAACUCCGUUUUGGCUGGUGAUCGUCGUUCUUUCAUCCACAAUGGCUACUGCAUAUCAACUGUACUGGGAUUUUGUCAAGGACUGGGGACUUUUCAGCUUCAGUUCUCGCAACUUCUUGCUCAGAGAUGAUCUCAUCUUACAGAACAAGAGCAUCUAUUAUGUAUCAAUUGCUUUCAACUUCAUAUUGAGGCUUGCAUGGAUCGAAACUGUGCUCCGUCUCAACUUAGGAUCAGUUGAGCACAGUAUUGUUGAUUUUCUCUUAGCUUCUUUCGAGAUCAUUCGACGCGGGCAUUGGAAUUUCUACAGAUUGGAGAAUGAACACUUGAACAAUGUGGGAAGGUUCAGAGCUAUAAAGACAGUCCCGCUGCCAUUUCGUGAUAUGGAAUAAGAUGAAUGAAUAAGAGCUAGAUGCAAAAAUUAAACAAAAUUUACGGCUUUGAUUGGAUUUGGAUACAGUUAUCACUAACAGAUUAGCCCAUGAAUGGGCCGGAGAAUCCUGUUAACAUGAAGAACUAGCAUAAAGGAAAGCUGAUAUUUUACAAUGUAGGUUGUUGUUGAGCAUUGCUAUUCGGAGGAUUCCAGGAAUAUAUAAAUCAAAUGGGAGAAAGAGCGGCUGAUCAAUUUGUGUGUGUGCAUUCUAAAUUUGGUUAUGUAUCCAUGUGUAACAGUAAACAAAAUCCUAGCAUGACCAUACUCAUGAGCAAGUUAAAAAAGUUAUCUAUGUUUUGCAUAAUUCUUAUUGUGUUUGGAUCAAGAGAAACUAAAAAAAGAUAGUUUUGGGGCAAUGAAAUAAAA